AUGGCCAAUCCAACAUUGGAAGCAGUCCAGAUCGCUAUUUUGCUGGGGAGCUUUCAUCUGUUCAAUGGCUCUCCCUAUCUUGGCUUUGCAAUCUUUGGAAGUGGGAUUAGGUGUGCCCAAGCUAUCGGUUUGCAUCGACAGCCUCGUGGUAGCACCGCAGAAUCCUGCAAAGUUUGGUGGGCUUUGGAAAUUGCUGACAAAUACGCAGCUGUGGCAUUUGGGCUACCAUGCGGCAUAGAUGAGUCGGACUGCAAUGUGCCAGAGACUGAUGACGACAGAGCUCAGAUAUUCUCGGCACCUCAGUCCUCGGGCAUCGUGACUUCUGUCACGUAUCAUCAGUUCAAAGCUCGCUUGUACAGAAUUAUGGGCUCUUUCCUCGGCCGAAGGAGGCAGACAGCUCAAGGUCGAACUGUAAUGGAUGUCCACGGCGAGUUGACUGAGUGGUACAAGUCUGUACCGAGUGCACUGAAAUACGAUGGUCGUACCCAUGCAUUCAGUGACCGUCCGAUACUUUUGCAGAUGCAAACCCUCUGUCUCCAGCUUGCUUACGACAAUCUUCAGAUGGUACUUUUCAGACAAGCAGUGUUUCCAAUGGAUGCGCAAGGGAGCGCACCACAGCGAGCAGAGAACAUCCGCAAACUAUCCCAAUCCGCAACCCGGACGGCCAACAUUUCGACCUUGGAUACGACGAGACAUAUUUGUCGAUCAUCACAUGCUUCGAUCCAUGCCGGUCUAUGCUCAUUUACGGCUGGCAUCGUACUCUGUAAAUUACUCGCCAACGAGACAAGUCACCAGGAGCGAGAGAGCUGGACCGAGUCGUUGCGCAAUAUCAUCACUUUCUUUGAGAAUUUCCCCAGCGAGAAUUAUCGAUUUGCAACUCAGAGCUUAAUGUUACUCAGGGCUCUGGAAGCACAUGUCAACCCCCAAGCAUCUUUGAUUGCUCCGGAAGAAAUCAUGUUUCACAGUCAAGCUCAAGCGACCAUGUUUAACAACGUCAUGGAGCCAUUCGGCAAUCCAGCAGCGUCAGCUCCGGCAGAUAUCAGCCUUACGAUAGGGCCUGGCACGGACGGGAUUGAUUUCGCUUCGACGGGUCCACUGGACGACGUCGGCCAGUUGUGGCUAUGGGCAGACAAUGGCAACGAUGACUGGCUGUCUGGUUUUUCUUGA